AUGUCGCGACCCUCUGUCCCUAUCUUGCGCGCUCGUCUACGUGAUGUAGGCAUGCUCGCAGGGACGCUCCGCUCCGUUGGCUUUACGGCGCUGGCACGCAUGACACUCUCGCAAUCCGGUAUCGAAGUCGUGACGGAAGCCAACCAAAUUGUGCAAGCCCAUGCCUACCUUUAUGCAUCCAUAUUUGAAUCAUAUGAGUUUGAACCACCUGAGAACUGGUUGGAGCGGGAGACGGAACGACACGAGUUUGAUAUGGACGAGACUAUGCAGCCCUACAUUGCUUUCGAGAUUAACCUCAAGACACUCGUGUCCUGUAUGGCUGUAUUUGAGUCGCGACAGCACCCUCAGGGAAUCGCAUCAACAGCACGUGCCUCGGCGGAUCCCAAGGAGCUCCGGCUCGAGCUUGUGUACGAGCGCGUGGGCGAGCCGCUGUGCCUCCGAAUGCACGACGGCCGCUUGGAAACCAGCUUCCGCCUCCGCACUCUUGAUUCCCCGCUGUCUUUUGAAAUGGAGUUCUCCCCUACAGAUACAAAGGCCCAAGUGAUUAUGCGGUCGGACCAACUGACCCCAGCCUUCCAAGAACUGCACGCAAGUGGUGACGCCAUGAUGCAGCUGGCCUUUCAUCCAAUGCAGUCUUCAUCCUUUGGCAGUCUGCAUCUCAGCACAGAGGGGCAUUAUGGCUCCACCGAGAUUGAAUACCCCCAUGACCCUAGCGUCACGGAAAAGUUCCAGUGUACCGAACUCGUGGCGCAUACCUAUCCGAUGGAGAGUGUUGGCUACAUGCUGCCCGCUCUUCGUCACUCCGCGAAAACGUCUAUACGCACAGACGAUGCGGGCAUGCUCAGUGUGCAGUUCAUGAUAACCAACGAACGCACAAUAACCCGUCCUACCUCUGUGUCGAGUUCAGGCAAUGCCUUUGUUGACUUUUUGUGUUGUCCUCUGGACAGUCGCCCGUGA